CACUCUGCACAUGUGGCUGGGUGGCAGCCAGUGGCCUCGGACAGACCCACUGGCGUCUCUCUGCUGAAUGACCAUAACCUCGGCGUCUGGUCCUCUGCCUGCCUCUCCCUGAGUGUGGCUGACAGCCACGCAGCUGUGUCUGCCUGUCUGCGGCCCGUGCAUCCCUGCUGCAGCCGCCUGGUACCUGCCUUGCCGUCUCCGUCCUCUGUCUGCUGCUCUGUGGGACACCUGUCUGGAGGCCCAGCUGCCCGUCAUUGGAGUGACAGGUCUUCUGACAGCCUGAUUGGUGACUCAGGCUGGGUGUGGAUUCUCACCCCAGGCCUCUGCCUACUUUCUCAGACCCUCAUCUGUCACCCCCACGCUGAACCCAGCUGCCACCCCCAGAAGCCCAUCAGAUUGCCCCCCACAACACGGAAUGGAUUUCUGAGAAAGAAGCCGAAACAGAAGGCCUGUAGGAGUCAGCAUGCUGCGUGGCUGGGCCGCCCCCUUGCUCCUGCUGCUGCUCCAGGGAGGCUGGGGCUGCCCCGACCUCGUCUGCUACACGGAUUACCUCCAGACGGUCAUCUGCAUCCUGGAGAUGUGGAACCUCCACCCCAGCACGCUCACCCUUACCUGGCAAGACCAGUAUGAAGAGCUGAAAGACGAGGCCACCUCCUGCAGCCUCCACAGGUCGGCCCACAAUGCCACGCACGCCACCUACACCUGUCACAUGGACGUAUUCCACUUCAUGGCCGACGACAUUUUCAGUGUCAACGUCACAGACCACUCUGGCAACUACACCCAGGAGUGUGGCAGCUUUCUCCUGGCUGACAGCAUCAAGCCGGCUCCCCCUUUCAACGUGACUGUGACCUUCUCAGGACAGUAUAAUAUCUCCUGGCGCUCAGAUUACGAAGACCCUGCCUUCUACAUGCUGAAGGGCAAGCUUCAGUAUGAGCUGCAGUACAGAAACCGGGGAGACCCCUGGGCUGUGAGUCCGAGGAGAAAGCUGAUCUCAGUGGACUCAAGAAGUGUCUCCCUCCUCCCCCUGGAGUUCCGCAAAGACUCGAGCUAUGAGCUGCAGGUGCGGGCAGGGCCCAUGCCUGGCUCUUCCUACCAGGGGACCUGGAGUGAGUGGAGUGACCCGGUCAUCUUUCAGACCCAGUCAGAGGAGUUAAAGGAAGGCUGGAACCCUCACCUGCUGCUUCUCCUCCUGCUUGUCAUAGUCUUCAUUCCUGCCUUCUGGAGCCUGAAGACCCACCCAAUGUGGAGGCUAUGGAAGAAGAUAUGGGCCGUCCCCAGCCCCGAGCAGUUCUUCGUGCCCCUGUACAAGGGCUGCAGCGGAGACUUCAAGAAGUGGGUGGGUGCCCCCUUCACUGGCUCCAGGCUGGAGUUGGGACCCUGGAGCCCAGAAGUGCCCUCAGCCCUGGAGGUGUACAGCUGCCACCCACCACAGAGCCCGGCCAAGAGGCUGCAGCUCACGGAGCUACAAGAACCAACAGAGCUGGUGGAGUCUGACGGCGUGUCCAAGCCCAGCUUCUGGGCGACGGCCCAGAACUCAGGAGGCUCAGCUUACAGCGAGGAGAGGGACCGGCCGUACGGCGUGGUGUCCAUCGAUACAGUGACUGUGCUAGAUGCAGAGGGGCCAUGCACCUGGCCCUGCAGCUGUGAGGAUGACGGCUACCCAGCCCUGGACCUGGACGCUGGCCUGGAGCCCAGCCCAGGCCUAGAUGAUCCACUCUUGGGCGCGGGAACCACAGUCCUCUCCUGUGGCUGUGUCUCAGCUGGCAGCCCUGGGCUAGGAGGACCCCUGGGAAGCCUCCUGGACAGACUAAAGCCACCCCUUGCGGAUGGGGAGGACUGGGCUGGGGGACUGCCCUGGGGUGGCCAGUCGCCCGGAGGGGUCUCAGAGAGUGAGGCGGGCUCACCCCCGGCUGGCCUGGAUAUGGACACGUUUGACAGUGGCUUCGUGGGCUCUGACUGCAGCAGCCCUGUGGAGUGUGACUUCACCACCCCCGGGGACGAAGGGCCCCCCCGGAGCUACCUCCGCCAGUGGGUGGUCAUUCCCCCGCCACUUUCGAGCCCUGGACCCCAGGCCAGCUAG